GUACCAUGGACAUAACAGAGUAUACUGUUUCACCCAUGAUACCCCCCAUGCGUUGCCAUUCCUGAGGACUCAGGUGUUAUUCCUCUGUACUCAGUAAAUUCAUUUAUUAGGUUAUAUCCAUAAUUUAAGACAAAUAGUAUCAUGAAAAAUAACUACAUUAAUAGAAAAUUAGUAGAUAUGGACCCAACACGGUAAUAAAAUUUGUCACGUAAAAUUUACAUCACCAGGUCGUCAAAAAAAGUAUAUCUAAUUGAAAAAAAUUCGAUAUGGCCGAGGUAUGAAUUCACACCUUCAAUGCCUUAGGGGGGUUAGUUUCACUAUAGAGUUAUGCAUUUCAUGUAUUAAAUUUUUCUGUGAAUCUAAGAAUAAGUAACUAAUAUUGAGUAUAGAUUAUAACAUAAGUAUAGUUGGUACAUUCCUACGAAGGAGGUGCAUAAACAUUUACAUAUAGCCAUUAAAUUUCUUAAAAAUUAAAAGCAGAAAAUAUCUUCUGUUUGCUCUAUGCUGUUGUGAAUUGUCGUACAAAUUUUUUAUAGAUCCCAAAAUUGGAAAGUGACAUGUAAUAUUUCUAGCGUAAAUGGGAGCAAAGCUACUUUUGUAUGCAAACAAUAUAUCAAAAUGAAAUUAUUACGUAUGAAAACAAUAUGGAAAAGGAGUCCUCGGAUUAUACUAAAUUACAUCUACGCACCACAGAUAAACAUGGUAAUGCAAAUGACCAUGAUAGUACGCCGUGGACUUAGCAGUGUAGUAAGCAGAGCGGGACAAGAACAGUGUAUUCUCGAUUCUAGUAGUAUUAGUCCAAGUUGUCAGGAGCCAAGGGUAAUAGUUGUGGGUGCUGGAAUGGCGGGACUGUCAGCUGCACAUCGUCUUACACAGUGUGGCAUUCGGAAUUUCGUGGUUCUCGAAGCAAAAGAAAGACCAGGUGGGCGGAUCCAUUCAUGUUGGUUGGGGGAUGCAGUCAUUGAAAUGGGCGCAGAAUGGAUACACGGCGCUUGUUUACCCAAUUCUGUAUAUACACUCGCAUCUCAGGACAGACUUCUACAGACACCGUUACCUCGUCUAGAUGCAUCCCGUGGAUUAUUUUGUACUAGUGAAGGUCGAGCUGUAGACUUUCCAGUUACUAUAACAGCUUAUCAUACAUUUCGACAAAUAGAACAGCAAGCAGCUAAUUUAUUUAGACUUGGGGGUGAAAGACUACACGGCACACUAUUAAAUUUUAUUGGCUUACGUAUACAACAAGAAUUACAUAAUUUCCCUGAAGAUCAAAGAUAUGAUGCUGCUCGCGUAAUGUUUGGACUUACGAAUAUUUUAAGAAACAAAUGUGGAGAUGAUCUGUCUCUUAUUAGUGCUGACCAAUACGGCAGUUAUAUAGAAUUACCAGGCGGGAGUGUUCGAGUACCAUUAGGUUUUGUUGGAGUAAUGGCACCAUUGCUACGAGGUCUUCCUGAUAACUGUAUACGAUAUAAUAAACCAGUAAACGUAAUUCGUUGGGGUCCAGGCCAGGCAGGCGCGGGUCGUGUACUCGUUAAAUGUUGCGAUGGUGAAGAGCUGACUGCCGACUAUGUUAUAUUUACAAUGUCACUAGGAUGUCUUAAAUGUCAAGCAGAUAAGUUAUUUGCUCCACCUCUACCUGUAUGCAAAUUAGAUGCCAUUUGUAAUUUAGGAUUUGGACUCAGUGAUAAAGUGUUUCUCGAAUAUGCUGAACCAUUCUGGGUGUGUCACGAAGGUAAUUUAAAAUUGGCUUGGUCAGCUGAAGAAUUGCAGUGUAGAUGUGACUGGACUCGUGGUGUGUGUUCUAUUGAUGAAAUGCCUGGUAGCAAACAUGUACUAUGUGCCUGGAUAUCAGGACAAGAAGCUGCAGUUAUGGAGACCUUGACAGACAAUGAUGUUGCUGAAGGGUUAACACAGUUAUUACGAAGAUUCACAGGUAAUCCUUGUCUCCCCUAUCCACAAAUGAUGUUACGUUCCCGAUGGGCAUCAGAUCCUCAUUUUUGUGGGGCUUAUUCGUACAUGAGUUGCUGUUCUACAGUGAGUCAUCAGUGUGAACUAGGUACACCAGUACCAGGACCUUGUGAUUCACAGCCGCCGAUUCUUCUGUUUGCAGGGGAAGCAACUGUCCCUGGAUAUUUUGCAACAGUGCAUGGGGCAAGAAUCAGUGGAAUUCGAGAAGCAGAACGUAUAAUACAACUUACAAAAAAAUUAGAGGGGCCCCCACGUUAGUCUGUUUACCAACAUGUUUUAAACUGUAUUUUAUGUUACAAAUGAGUCGUUUAUUGUUGAUGUGAA